CAGCCUACACCCGUUUAGCGUGUGACCUGCCUGGCUGUCUCGACUCUGAUCAGAAUGGGUUUCUCUCUAAACAUUGCUGCACGAUACAGCCCACCUACAGUCAUUAUUCUUGUGCACAGGGCUUUGGAAACUUAAGCAGAGCCUGGAAACCAGAGUUGCUCUCUUCUGCACUCUAGUGGAGAAUAUCGGAAAACACUACCUAUGCUAUUGCAAAACAGGAAUUUAUACAGUACAAAGUCAGCUAAUGGACACGCUGGGUAAAAUAAAACAAAGCAAAAACAGCUCUUUGAGCCACUUUUGCACGAUGACCAGACAAAGAACUAUUAUAAACUAAUCCAGCAUAAAAAUUCAGAAAAUGGAUUGGAACAUUUAUGCUGAUUACCAUAACAAAAAUGUCAUUGAGCAGCAUUAUAAUUACACAGGAAAACUGAAACAGGACAGAUACAAAGAUGGGCUCAAACCAGAAGCAAUCACAUUCCUUAUCAUUUGCAUGCUUAUUGUUGUGGAAAACACAAUUGUGCUUGUGGCCAUAUGGAAAAACAAGAAGUUUCAUCUGCCCAUGUAUUACUUACUUGGCAACCUGACUCUAUCGGAUCUGCUGGCCGGAUUCACAUACAUGGUCAAUAUUAUCAUGUCAGGGCCCAACACUCUUAAUUUGACCCCUCUGCUUUGGUUUUUGAGGGAGGGUGGAGUCUUCAUCACACUCGCUGCAUCAGUCAUCAGUCUUUUGGCAAUCGCCAUUGAGCGUCACAUCACCAUGGUAAAGAUGAAGCCCUAUCAUGGCACCAAGCGCAACCGCAUGUUCCUCUUAAUUGGUGCGAGCUGGGCUGUAGCUGUGUUGCUUGGUGUGCUCCCCAUCAUAGGCUGGAACUGCAUGCAUAAUCUAGAACUGUGCUCCACUGUGCUUCCACUCUAUGCCAAGAGCUACGUCCUGUUCUGCGUCACCGUCUUCAUUGUCAUCCUUCUGGCCAUUGUCGUGCUAUAUGGACGCAUUUUUCACACAGUCAAAAGAAAUACAAAAAGGUUGGGCAGCAUACGGCGCAAGGGUAUGGCACGCCGCUCACAGAAAUACAUGGCCCUGCUAAAGACGGUUACUAUUGUCCUUGGGGUUUUCAUUGUGUGUUGGCUGCCACUUUUCCUGCUUUUAUUGCUGGACUUUGUAUGCCAAACUCGUGCAUGCCCCAUCUUGUUCAAGGCGGACUACUUCCUGGGGGUCGCCAUGAUCAACUCCCUGAUUAACCCAAUUAUAUACACCCUGACGAGUAAGGACAUGCGCAAGGCCAUUAUUAAGUUACUCUGUCAGCGCUGUUUGAUCACUGAAGAUGGCCAGGUUAAGAAAAUCGGAGUACCCUUCCUGGAGUGUAGCUUAAGCAAAACUGAGACAAACAUUCACCGGGGUUUCGAGACUACCAUCUCCUCUGGGAACGGGACAUCCUCCCCAAUUCGAAUCAACACAAACAUCAAACCAGUCAAACUGUGAAGACUGAUUGUGCUGAAAUUUGGUGCCAAAGCACUGGAGAUUGCCUGAAACUACUAGCACUCUUUGAGAAUUAAAUAAACACUUGAGGGUUCUCAGAACAAGCAGUUACAGGCCAAACAGGAGCUCUGAUAAGUUUCCUGCUUAAGUCUUUUGACAUGUCAAAAGGCAGAUAGCGUGAGAAACUGCACUGUCAGCAUCUAUCAAACAAACAAAAGUCAGAGCAUGCCCAGGUUCAAACAGAGUGGGACUAAAAUAUAAACUUGGCAUCAGACUUAACAAGUCUUGGCUCAGAAAAGGUGCUUAAAUUGUAAACCAGGUAUGCCUCGAUGUUGAUAUCAGAUGUGAAGGGGCUGGGGUGGGGGGGGGGGG